AUGAAUAAAACCACUACCACUGCAAAUAUGCAUGCGAUUCAAAAUGCGCUUGCAAACUACGACACUUCGUUCCUUUCUGAUGACGAAGAAGAUUACUGCCCGCUGUGCAUAGAACCUAUGGAUAUUACGGACAAAAACUUCAAACCGUGUCAUUGUGGCUACCAGAUAUGUCAGUUCUGCUACAAUAACAUCCGUCAGAAUCCAGAGCUUAAUGGAAAAUGUCCCGCUUGUCGUCGUAAGUACGAUGACGAAAGCGUGGAAUACAUCGUCUUGACACCAGAAGAAAUGAGGUUGGAACAGGCCAAACAAGCGCGGAAGGAGAAAGACCGUAAACUACGCGAUAAGGAACGCAAAGAACACGAGUUUGCAAAUCGCAAGCAUCUGGCCGGAAUGCGGGUUAUCCAGAAAAAUUUGGUGUACGUUGUGGGUCUAAACCCACCUGUGGCAUACGAAGACGUGGCACCGUUGCUGAGAACUGACCGGUAUUUUGGCCAAUACGGUAAAAUCAACAAAAUUGUUGUCAACAAGAAAACGUCGCAUAACGAACAUCACAGUGGUCCCGCCGGAUACCAUAACAGUAGUCAUCAUACCGGGUACGGUAUUUAUGUCACAUUUGCGCGAAAAGAUGACGCUGCACGUUGCAUAGCCGCUGUGGAUGGUACCUACAUGGAUGGCCGGAUUGUAAAGGCCGCUUACGGUACUACGAAGUACUGUUCGUCGUAUUUGAGGGGCCAGAGCUGUCCAAAUCCGAACUGCAUGUUUUUACACGAGCCCGGUGAAGAAGCGGAUUCUUUCAAUAGACGUGAACUCACCAACAAGCAGAACACCGAGCACGUAAUGCCGUUCAAGUUAGCCGGUCCAAGUGGCAGCGUACAGGGCCAUCUCCCACCGAAAUCUGCGACAGCAGUGGCAUCUGCUUCGCCGGUGCCUUCUCCACUACCUACCAGGGCCCAGUUGAACCAUACUGAAGACGACAGCAAUAUUUCGUCUUCGUCUUCCACGCCAGGUGGACAAACUCCCGUUUUAACACCGGCUCCAGUCCCCAGUGGUUCGAACCCCUGGGGGGUCAACACAACGGCACCACCACUUUUCCCUUCCACAUCUAGUAAACUGACAAGCUCAUCUGCGUUCCCUACUUUGGGGGAGGCCACUUUAGCGCAGUCCAUGGCUGCGUUGUCUAACAACCAGCCGAACAGUAAUAACAGUGCCCAUCAAAGCGGCGGGAAAAACAGCAAGAAAAAUGCCAACAACAACGAAAGAAAAUACGUGGACCCUUUCGAUCCGCUGUCCAGUGCUGUGAGGUUCAUUGAUGAAACGCUCAAAAUGCUGUCUUCCUACAAGAAUUGCGAGUUUCAGCUUAGAACUGACGUUAUCGAUGACGCUACUUACCGUUCCUAUCCUUCUCUUUUCUCAUUCGAGAACAUUCCGGUGUCGGAAACUUCGGACAACGCUUUGGGUCGCAAAUUGGUCGACAUGCUUGCAAUCAAGCCAGUAGACCAACCUUCAUCGGUGAUGCCCUUUCUACAGGGUGCUUCGCCAGCCAACCCCGCUAUCUUCCAACUACAGCAGCAGCAGCAGCAGCAGCAACAGAUGCUUUUGGCGAAACAGCAGCAACAACAACUGCAACAGCUACAACAACAACAACAACAACAAGAACAGCAGCAGCAGCAACAACAGCACCAAAUGUCUCAGAUGAAAGUUCAGCAGUCUACUCCUCCUGGCAUGACUCCUCAAUUAUUGCAUACACAACUACGACAGCAGAGGGCUGCCAACACACCACCACCACCUGGGAUCUUUUCGCCAACUAAUCCAUCAACGGGGCCAAACCAAAUGCCAGGUUCUGGUAGCAAUUCGUCUGACCUGUUGAACCAGCUCAUCAAUGGAAAACGCAUCUCAACAAACUGA